UCAAACAAACAUUCGAUCAAUCCGAAGAUCUCUCCACUGCGAUAAUAACGAUUAAAAAAUAUUACAAUUAUUAUCUUGAAUUAUCAAACUGGCAACUCAAUACCGAGGUUGAUGAAGAUGCGUAUGUUGAAGCGUUUCCUUUUCUUUCGGAUCGUAUUAGAUUUAUAGAAGAUUUAAAGAAUUAUUAUGGAGCGAGAAAAAUUAUUUUUUCUCAUAUCGAAAGAAUUCUUCCUAAAGAAAAAGAUCAUGAGUCAUUCAACGAAAUCCAAGAAUGGUGA